GCACAGGAGACGCAGCUUCUUCGCUUCAAGCCCGGAGAGCUCACCUCCAAAAAGGAUCAAUUUGGGACUUGCAUCUUCAUCGUUCGCGACGGAAGCUUCAAGCUCUUGGAUGCCUUGGGCGGGGAGUGCUUACUUGGACCGGGGUGCGUAUUCGGAGAACUGGAACUUCUGCAGGUCCGUGCUGGCGGCGUGAUUGCAGGCGAGUUCGGCGGCACAUGCUUCGCUGUUUCUAGCGUGGCCGUGCUUGCAACAAUGAAGGCUUUGAGCAGGACAUUUGGCGUGAGGAACCUCCACUUCCUGUCAACAGCGCCUUUAUUCCGCUUUCUGGAUGCACCUGACUUGGCGAUACUUAGCAGGAAUGCCUUUUCCCUGGUCCAUUCAAGCAGUGCUUGCCUGUAUCACGAAUGGCAGAUGCCCAAGAAGUUUUUGUACAUUCUCAAGUCUGGUGGUCUGGUCUCCUGCACAGCAACCCGCCAAAACUGCAUCUUCCCCGGCGAAUGUCUGGAUCAUAGGUCAGCCUUGUGCCAGAGGCCGCAUGCUGAAACAGUUCGCGUAUGUGCCGAGAGCGACGCUGAGAUACUGGCCUUGUCGUUCCAGCUGCUCCAGGACGUGCUGGGGGAAAAUGCGGAGGACUUUUUGUGGCGGUGUGUUCUGCUUCGCAUGCUUCGGGAUUUAUGGUCCGACCGGCCUGCGUUCUGCACCCCCCUCAUGUGGAGAGAUGAUCCAGAAGGCUUAGCAAGAGCAUGCGUCAUCAAGUCGUUUCCCGCCGGUACUUCUCAUAUGUUUUCUGCCGAAGAGGCUGAUUCCAUCGUUUGGUGCACCACCCUGGAUGGGAGCCUACCUCUUUCAGAGAAGGAUCCUCAACACUCACAGGAGAUCUUUUCAGGCUUCCGCUUAGAUGCCAAUGCAGGAAGCUGGCCGAAGGAUGUGCUGCUGGCUGGUAGCCUCACGUCCGACUGCACACUGGCGGUGCUUUUACAGGAUGCUGUGGGUGCUGUAGACUCUGCGGCGGACAAGCUGCAGGUGGUGAAGAAUACGCUGAUCUUGCGAAGCCUGGAUAGCAAACAGCAGGCCCAGGUAGCAGAGGCUGGCCAACUUCUCUUGAGGCAACAGGGCCAACUGAUCUUCAAGGAAGGUGACUUGGCGUCCCAUUUCUUCGUGAUCAAGGAGGGCGAAGUCACUGUCUCAAAAGGAGGUGAGGUCAUUCGAACGCUGGGUUCUUUCAGCACAUUCGGCGAAGCCGAGCUGCUGAGCAAGAAGACUCGCUACUUCACUGUCAACUGCAAGACUGACUUCGUGACGCUGCUGGCGGUGGACACCAUGACCUUCGAACAGCUUGUCAAGGACGCAGUGUCUGAGAAGUUGCAGGACCAGCUGCACCUCAGGCGUACGGACAUCGCCCUCAAGGAUCUUCGCAAGCUGAGGGUCAUCGGGAAUGGCACAUUCGGCACGGUUCAGCUCAUGGAGCACCAGCCGUCCGGAAUGAGGUAUGCGCUGAAGUGCAUCCGGCGUUCCCAGGCAGUUGCCAAAGGACAGCAGCGGAGCCUUUGCAACGAGCGGGAGUUGCUGAUGGACCUGGACCAUCCCUUUAUCCUGAAGCUGGUGAGAACCUUCAAGGAUUCGAGGUAUGUGUACUUCCUGACAGAGUUUGUGACAGGUGGAGAGCUCUUCUCAGCAAUCCGCUUAUUGGGCAUCCUUCCGGGCUGGCAAGCAAGGUUCUACAUUGGCGGGUUGAUCCUGGCCUUACAGGCGCUUCAUGAGAAGCUGCUCAGCGGCACUUUUAUGAAAUUCUUGCGCGGCAUUUGCUAG